UGGUUGGACACCGAUGGAGGGGGUUGCGAGAGCGCAUGCGUCUUGUGCAAGGACUCAGGCUUAAAGGGAAGCUGGCGGGCAACUGAAGUUGUUGCUAGGGUUUGUUUUGAAAACUUAAUGGAAACAGAAGAUCAUUUUCUCAAUAAGAAUGGGGCUCACCUUAUUAGCAGCAAUCUUCUUCACCCCAAGGGAUUUCACCCUGAAGAGCAGAAAAGUGUUAAAAUACCAGUGAAGAUGUUACGUGAAAUGGUUGCCCCCAAUCCUGUUAAUGAUUUGAUGUUACCUAAAAAUGAAUCAGUAUACAUUCCUCUUGCUUUGUCAGCAAAUAAGCCAAGUCCUGCUGAUUUGAAUGGAAUAUCCAGUGGUACAUCAUAUGUGGCAUCUGAUAGAAAUCACAAACAUCUACCUAAGCCAAAAAAUAUUAUGGAUCCCAUUUUAUCAGAAGAGGAUAAUCCUAAUGAUACUGCAGUACAAGGGGUUCUCUUGAGUAAUGCAGAUGAAAGUAAUAGAGCAAAAGCAAAUGAUAUCUUUAUUUCUCAGUAUGCCACUGGCCAGAAAGAUGCUCUAAGAGCUGUUUUAAAGCAAAAAGUCCAACACUCACCUACUUUUAAAGAAGUGAAAGUGCAGCUUUUAGAGGAUGCAUGUGCAGUAAAAGACCCUAUUUCUCUGGAGAGGAAAUCGUCAUCCAAUGGAAUCGAUUCCGCUUCAGCUGUGGCCGCCGCAACGGCUGCUGCCAUUGCAACAGCAGCUCCACUGAUAAAAGUACAGAGUGAUUUGGAAGCAAAAGUUAAUUCUGUAUCGGAAUUACUCAGUAAACUCCGGGAGACAGACAAACAAUUGCAACGUGUUACAGAGCAGCAGAAAAACAUUAAAAUUCAACCUGACAGAUCUUGUUGCCAAGACCGUGAGAAGCAGUUUGAUGUGUUUAUAGGGCAACACCUUAGGCAUCUGGAAAAAAUGCAACAACAACAAUUAGAUAUUCAGAACCAUUUAAUUACCUCUGCCUUCAACACUGGCAGAUUCCAGCCUGUCAACGGGCCGCCUUCCAAUCCAGUAGGAAAAUCAUUUGUAAAAUCAGAACUUCAACGUCCUGUUACCAGUAACCAUUCUUCACAUCACAGACACAUAGAGCUUCCUAGUCAAGCAUAUUUAAGGCAAGUUGAAGAUACGGGAUUUGAUAAUCAAAAAUCUCCACUUGAGACCCCAGCACCCCGAAGAUUUGCUCCUAUACCCGUUUCUAAAGAUGAUAAAAUCUCCAAGAAUGGAAGGCCUGGGGAAGAAAAGGAAAAUUUACAGUUAUUAUCUUGCAAAGGAGGUGGAAGAUUGUUGGAGCAGAUCCUAAAUAGUCAGGACACCUGUGUAAAAGAGAGUGAGUCUUCAGAAAGAAUAUCACUAGCCACAUCAAGAAUGAAACAGGAUCCUCUGAGAGACAGUGGUGUUGCCACUCUGAAGCCUAAAUCAUUUCCUUCUCAUGAAGAGUUUCGAAUAGCUGAAAAGACUAUGCAGCACAUUGAUGAUGUCUUUUGUGGUCUUGGUGGAAGGAAGAAAGAGCCAGAAGAGUCUUUGAGCACCUUUAGAGUUGAUGAUCUUCCACGUAGUCCAGUCCAUCUUCAGUCAACCAAAACACCAAGAUCUAUUUUGAAAGAUGCUGAAAAAAUUUUAAGAAGAGUGCAAAAUAAUAAAAAAGUUCUUGAAGAAAACCUUGAAGCUAUUAUUCAUGCAAAAGAUGGAGCUGCCAUGUAUUCCUUUAUUAAUGCCCUGGCUACUAACCGAGACAUGUUGGAGAAAUUUCGUAUUAGAAAGACAGUGGAUGAAUGGAUUAAAAUAAUCACUCAGGAAAUUCAGGAUGAGUUGGGAAGAAAAGAUUAUGAACAUAAGAAAUUUGAUAAGAAUCGAAGGUCAAGUUUCACCAAAAAAGCCUUAAAUAACCAACAUCAAAAAAUGAGCAAAGAAAUUAAAACUAGUGCUCAAGAUAAAACUAUAAAUAGAUUUGUGUUUCCAGGAAAACAUCUUCAUAAGCAAUUAGAAGAGAGUUAUAGAAGUACAUAUCUAAAGAACAUUCGUGCUUCAAAUUUAGAUAAAGACAGAAAAGAGGGACAUCUAAAGACAACCAAAGUGGCACAAGGUAGUGACUACUUGCUACAGAUUUAUGGGAAACCAGUUUAUCAAGGUCAUCGGAGCACUCUUAAAAAAGGUCCAUAUCUUAGAUUUAAUUCACCAUCUGCCAAAUCCAAACCGCAGAGACCUAAAGUAAUAGAACAAGUUAAAGGUACUAAAGUAAGGUCAACAAGAACACAAACUGAGCUGGAGAUAACCAGAUCAGUGGGGACAAAUUUGAGAAAGCCACACUCCUUUUCUUUACCUUCUCACCAGGAACAAAAAUAUUUGUUCAGCCCAAGCCGAGAAGUGCCUUCUGUUUCAGGAACACUUGAAGGUCAUCUUAUUCCAAUGGCAAUUCUUUUAGGACAGACCCAAAGCAAUAGUGAUUCUGUGCCAUCUGCUGAAGUAAUUACAGAAAAACCACACCUUGUAACAGUAACUACUUCUAUUCCUCCAUCCACUCAAACUAAACGAACUGGACCAAAGAAACCCAACACAGCAGUUAUAGAGGUGACGUCAGAAAAAAAGGAUCCUCCUCAGCUUUCUAUACAGGUAUUGCCCAAUUUAGAUAUUGAUAGCCUUCCAAAUGAAAGCACAGAUGAAAAUCAAGCUUCCACCAGUUUCAUAGAAGCAUCUCAUCCCACACAGACGUGGAUACAGAAUCCAGAAUUUACCCAGCCUGAUGAAGAUGACCCUAAGUUUCCAGGAUCCAACUUUGAUGAAGUAAUUGAUGUUAUACAGGAUGAAGAAGAAGGUGAUGACAUUACAGAUUUCUCUGAACCAGUCCUGGAGUUUAACCAAGGUGCUAAAGUUACUUCUCAAAAUUAUAAUGGUCCUCCAUUUCCACCAGUUGUAUCUACUGCUCAGCCUACUGCUGAUAUUCUGGAGAAAGUGAUUGAGAGAAAAGAGACUCUAGAAAAUAGCCUUAUUAAUUGGGUAGAACAAGAAAUAAUGUCAAGAAUUAUCACUAGGGUGCUUCCAUUCCAGCAGCAGGCAGUACCUAAUGUCAGUGUUUCAGAAAGUGAAGAAAGUAAAACUUCAGCUCCUGAUGUUGUUGAAGCAGCAAGUGGUAAAGGAUUUCGACUCGUUGUUGAUGCAGGUGUGCCUGUGAAUUCAGACAUGAUUAGUCUUUUUGUGAAUGAAGCUCUUGAAGAGAUUAUUGCCAUCAUGCUGGGUAACAGAGAAAUGACAGAAGGCAUUCCUCCUCUUCCUGCAAAUGUUCCUGCCAAUGUAACAUACUUACCAAACAACAUAUUCCCUGUUUCCCGUUCUGAGGCCCCUAUGUCGUUUGCCAUGAUUCUUCAAAGACCCGUAGAGGAGGGAGUUAUUUCUGGACACAGAGCGGUUCCAGAAGGCCCAGUGUUCUGUAAAAGGCCAAUUCCCAGACAGGCUGUUCACCAUACUCCAGUGCCAACUCCACAGCCUACUCCACCUCAGUCUCCUCCUCCGUGUCCUCUUAAGGAACCACUAUUCAUAAAAACUCCAGAGGCUUCGCCCUGUGUUUCCGAACAUGAUGAUAUUUUUCCUGUAAAAGAACAAUUUACUCAAACAGGAAAUGAUAAUGUCCCUGCAAGUACUCUCAUUACUACUCCUAUAGUUACUCCUGCAGCUUCACCCCCUUUAGCAGGUACACCAACUCUUACUCUCUCUGAAGAUUCCUCUGAAAAACUGAAAAGACCAAGCCCCAAACUCCCCAAGCCAUGGAGUAAUGAUGAUUUGCCACUGGAUGAAGAAAUUCCUAAUCCUCUUCAAGAGGAACCACUUCACCCAAGAGCUAUUGUAAUGUCUGUGGCACGAGAUGAAGAACCUGAGAACUUGGUCUUACCCGUUCCGUCAACCGUUCCUAAUCCAGUCAUCUUUACAUCAUUUCCUAUUGAAGCUCCAGCUCCUUCUCCAGUGCGCACACCAGGUUCUGACCAGAUGACCCAGGAAAGCAGCUCAAGCUACGUCACCACCACCGAGACAGAGACCCUUGCGAGACCCAUUUCAGAGGGAGAGAUUUUGUUUAGUUAUGGGCAGAAGAUGGCUACAAGAGAUAGAGCAGAUGGAGGACUGUUUUUAACCAACUUCAAUGACAGUUUAUCUAGUACUCUGCAUGAUGCUCAUGAAAUGGAAGAUGAUUCUCCUAGUGAAGGACAGGUGAUGAUGAAGAGAUCCCAUAAAGGAUAUCAAGAAGAUGCGCUUUUCUCACUUCUUGCUAAAUUCAACCAAGAACUGUUAGAUUCACAGCGAGGCGUCUACCAUUCAGAGGAAUCUGAAAAUAGUAUAGAGGAACUUAGUGAAGGACAAAGACCUAGACUUCCAGCAUCAAAGGAGAGUAUCUUCAUGGGACAUUAUAUGGAUCGGCCUACACUCAUUUCUACAGAGUGUUUAGAGCAAAAGAGUUAUCAUGGGCCAUUAUCAAAGCAAUUUGACAAAACUACAGGAGAAGUUAAUGAAGAUUCAUGUAUCAGCCAUGGUCCAAUGAGUUUGGGGGAACUAGAUUUGCAACAGAUUUCAAACCUCCCUCUUCAGGCAACACAAAUAAAUGAGAUUGAGUUGGCAGUUGCACCUGAAGAUCUUGCUCAGGGCAAGGAGAAGCACCAUCAGGAAGUUCAACCAACUGAGCAAAAACCAGUACAUGCCCGUGUAAUACGUGUAAAGAAUAAAUCAGAAACUUCAUUUGCACAUCUCCGAGAUUCACAAGGAGACAUGGAUCGGACACAUAUUGAACCUAAUAGUUACCUUACUUCUUUAUUUGCAGGAGGGGAAGCAGAACCAUGUUUAACGUCACAGGCCACACUUGCCAAGAUGUUUGUGACGUUGCCUUCAGUGAAUGUGGACGACCACUCUCACUCUCAGAGUAUCAGUACAAUACAGGGAGAUGCAGACUCUUCAGGAGCUGAUACUUUUUAAAAAUUGCUGUUUUAUGAAGUAUGUUUAAAUGAAAAAGUUGUUGGUAAUGUUUGUACUACUUUUGAAAUAUUUGUUUUGGUGUAAAACAGUUUCCCAGAUUAUUUUUCUCCAUUUGUGUUUCCUUAAGAAUAAUUCAUAAUGUGUUUUAAAGGAGAAAUCCUUGUGAAU